GCCUUUUUCCUUUCAGUCUUCUCUUUUCGUUCCCGGUGGAAGCACACGAAGCGACUACUAGUGGUGCACAAUCGGGAGGUCGGGCGGUGGAAAAUUCGUGUCAAGCGUUAGCAGAAACCAUCAUUUGAAAGAAGCAGCAGGAAGAACAAAACAACAAAACUCUAAUUCUUUUCUUCACUCUGCAUGUGUGAGAUUUUUCUUUUCGGCCCCUUAUUUUCCAGUGCUUGUUCGUGAUUUUAUCUCGCUUCGGUGUGAAGGAGUGCGGAAAACAGAGCAGUCGAAAGUGAUAAUUUUCUUGCACGGCUAAGCGGAGCCCCAGCAAACAUAUUCGCAGUGGAAUAAAAGGGAGAUUGUUACGAUAAACAGCAGACAAAGCGAAGCAAACUCGGUUUCAACCACCCCUCGGCUCGUUUGUGGACAAUGGAGUGAAAUAAUACAGUGAAUUCAGUCAUUUGUGUGAAAUCGGACCGGUUCUGUUAGUACUUUAAAGGCGGAUGGUGGAUACAAUGCUGCACUAGAAAUGCCCCGCCAUGGUGCUGCGAGGUUGGCGACUCAUCGGGUUGGCCGGUACCAUAGUGGUGUACAUCGGCGGUAUUCUGUUUCUCUCGUUUGUCAGUCUCCAGAACCCACAGCAAAAGCGUAACCAUGGCCGAGGCUACGGGGAGUUCGAAACAUUGCGCAACCGGGACCUAGGACUGCUGGGCAAAAAAUUACCCCUGCAAUGGUGCACCGAGCUACGGUACAUGGAUAGUCCUCCGCCGGCACCAAAGGUUAACAAGUUGCUCGAAACCUUUCCGGGUCAUAUAGUGAAAAAGUUUAACACGUACAGCUUCAACAAUCAGAGCCCAGACGUCCCGGAAAAUGUCCAUGACCAACGACAGCAACGGCACAACGAUGCCUCCCGUGGCAAGCACAAACGAACGGCGUCGUCGGCCGCGGUCGACCACUCAUCUUCCUUCUUAUCGUCGCAAUGGCCUAAUAGUAAUAAUAAUAACAACAGAUUUAACAGUAAGCUAGCAAAUAAUGAUAGAGUAACAAGUGAUAGGGAGCUGCCGGCCCAAAAGUCUUCCAGCCGGAAGCUGACAGCACUGGUAUCGUUCCCCGGCAGCGGAAACACUUGGCUGCGAUAUUUGCUGCAGCAGGCAACGGGUAUCCUCACCGGAAGUGUGUACAAAGAUUACGGCCUACUCAAAAGUGGCUUCCCGGCUGAAAAUGUUGCCAAUUCUUCAGUGCUCGUUGUAAAAACACACGAAUGGGGCCAUAAUGCUUGGGCCCCGUACGGAAAAGCCAUUCUCCUCGUGCGAAAUCCGAAGAAAGCUAUUCUGGCGGAGUUCAACCGCCAAAGCGGGGGUCACGUUGGGUUCGCUUCUCCCGAUCGCUAUCGUCGGACUAAAGGACGAUACUGGACCCAGUUUGUCAAGAACAAACUGUGGGCAUGGGAGCAGACUAAUCUAUCCUGGGCCAAAAAUUUUACCGGCGAAGUGAAGCUGAUAUUCUACGACGAACUGGUAGAAGACGUCGAAGGAACGCUUCGAAGUAUUCUUAGUUUUCUACAAUUUCCUGUUAAUGAGGAGCUGCUAGCGUGUGCCCUGGCACGCAAGGAAGGAAUCUAUCGGCGGAAGAAACGAAUUUUACAGUUCGACCCGUAUAGUCCAGCAAUGCACGCAGCGAUCGAUGAAAAACGUGUUGAAGUUUAUGCUGCGCUAGGACGCUUCGAACCUCUAUGAAACUAAACUAGUCGCACAAUACAUAGCAUUAGUGCAUUCAAUCUUUCUAGUCAUUGAUUUUGGCCAUAAACUAGACAAUUUACAAUGCGAAGCAGUUCUGCCAGCCAGUAUGAUGAACAUUUCGUUUAGCUUCCAGUUAUUCUUGGUAAGUUGUUUUUGUUUUGAUAUUUUUAAGAAAAGAUGUUAGUUUAGAGCUAUUUUGUUCGAAGAUCUGAAUUCUAUGCAAACGCAACUGUGUCCGAGAUCUAACUAGUACUCGCGUAAUAUAACUAAAGUUUAAAAUUGCAAGUAUAGCCAUGUUUAUGUAAUGUUUACUUAUUAACAGCUGUCAGUGCAGUGAGUUCUUACCACUUGAUAGGAAAAAAAACUUCGAUCGAGAAGAAACAAAUCUAGUCAUUGCAGCAGUCAAAACCACAGGAGAUAAAUGAACUCAAGCUGUAAAACACAACCAAAACAAUAUCGUAGUACAUAGAUACAUUUAGAGUUUGUGAAACUUGUAAGACUUUUAGAAAAUAUGUGACGAGUUACUCAAGCCGUUUAGGAAUGUAGGAUUUUUUUUUGCGAAAACACUGUACACACGAGCAAACAGAUAAAAUAACUUUGUUUACGAAAUGUUUACAUAACCGUCAAAGCAACUAUUUGCCAUCAAUAAGAGAAGCACAAUAAAGUAUGUAAAUGAUAA